ACUGCUGCUGCCACCAUAAAGGGACCCCCCCCAGGAGCUGCCCUGCCUGGCCCCCAGCACCGCCAGCCCCGAGCCAUGGAGGCUCCACAGCUUCUCCUCCUCCUCCUCUGCUUCGGCCUCCUGCUGCCUGCCAGCCCCACCCGUGGACAGCUGGUGACCAUGGUGACCCCAGCGGUGCUGAGGCUGGAGACAGAGGAGUUGGUGGUGCUGGAGGCCCCAGGCUCCACCUCCACGCUGGAGGCCACAGUGCUGGUGCAGGACUUCCCUCGCAAGCGUCAGGUCCUGCACCGGAGCAGUGUCCAGCUGGAGCCUGCCCAGGGCAUGUUGGCCACCACCAGCAUCAAAGUGCCAGCCAGGCUGCUGCCCCCGUCAGGAGAGAAGCAGUUUGUGUCGGUGGUGGCACAGGUGGGCAGCCAGAACCUGGAGAAGGUCCUGCUGGUGGCACUGCAGAGUGGGCACAUCUUCGUCCAGACUGACAAACCCAUCUACACCCCUGGCAGCACUGUCCUCUGCCGCCUCUUUGCUGUGGACCAUCUGAUGAAGCCAUCAUCCAAGGUGGUGGUUGUGGAGCUCAAGACACCUGACAAUGUCAUCAUCAAACAAGUCUCCAAGUCCUCACCCACCAAAAAUGGCAUCAUCAGCUACAUCGAACACCUCCCUGAGGUGGUCAGCAUGGGCACGUGGACAAUCCUGGCCAGGUUUGAAGACUCCCCAGAGCAGACCUUCAGCACCCAGUUUGAGGUCAAGGAGUAUGUGCUGCCAAGCUUUGAGGUGGUCUUGGAACCAGAAGAGAAGUUCCUCUACAUUGACCAGCAGGAAGACUUCAAAGUGUUCAUCAAAGCCAGGUACCUGUACGGGAGUCUGCUGCAGGGCACAGCCUUUGCCCUCUUUGGGGUCCUGGAGAACAACGAGAAGAGAAGCAUCCCAAAGUCCCUGAAGCGCCUCCAGGUGGUGGAUGGGGAUGCUGAAGCUGUGCUGCCCAUGGCCCUGCUGAGGGAGCGAUUCGCCGAGCCCCAGCAGCUGGUGGGACACUCCCUCUACGUCACUGUCACCGUCCUCACCGAGACAGGUAGUGACAUGGUGGAGGCUCAGCGUGGGGGCAUCAGCAUCGUCACCUCCCCCUACAGCAUCCACUUCACUCGCACCCCAAAGUACUUCAAGCCAGGGAUGCCUUUUGACCUGACGGUCUACGUCACCAACCCGGACGAGUCCCCAGCCCCACGGGUGGCAGUCCAGGCUGAUGGCUUCGAGGGUGAGGUGUCCACCCAGCAGGAUGGCACAGCCAGGCUGGUCCUCAACAUGCCAGCCAACAAGGACAGUGUGGACAUCACGGUGCGGACGGCUCAGGCCAGGCUGCCCGCCGAGCGCCAGGCCUCGCGGACCAUGACGGCCAAAGCCUACCGCAGCCAAGGAGCUUCUGGCAACUUCCUGCACCUGACCCUGCGUGCCGACACGGUGCAGGCCGGGGAGAACCUCCCUAUCAACUUCCACCUCAAGAGCCACAGCAGCUCCAACCUGGACUCCGUCACACACUUCACCUACCUGCUGAUGAGCAGAGGUCGCAUCCUGAAGGCAGAGAGGCAGCGCCGUGGCCCUGGCCAGAGCUUGGUCAGCAUGACCCUGCCAGUGAGCCCUGAGCUCAUCCCCUCCUUCCGCAUCGUGGCCUACUAUGUGGUGAAGCCUGAGGAGAUAGUGGCUGACUCCAUCUGGGUGGAUGUCAAAGACACCUGCAUGGGCUCUCUGGUGGUGACAGGAGCAACAGCUGUUGACAACAGGGUGAAGGAGCCACAGGGAAAUAUCAACCUGCGCAUCGAGGGCGACCACAAGGCCCACGUUGGGUUGGUGGCCGUGGACAAAGGAGUCUUUGUCCUCAACAAGAAGAACAAACUCACCCAGGCCAAGGUUUGGGACACGGUGGAGAAGAGUGACCUGGGCUGCACCUCGGGCAGUGGCAGGGACAACGUUGGGGUCUUUGCUGAUGCAGGUCUCAGCUUGGUCACCAGCAGCAAGGUCACCACAGCACAGCGAGCAGAGCUCCGCUGUCCCCAGGUCCCCAAGCGCCGGCGCCGCUCCCUGCGGCUCGUCGAGUACAAGAGUGGCAAAGCGGCCGAGUACCAGGACAAGCAGCUGAGGAAGUGCUGUGAGGAUGGCAUGAAGGAGAACCUCAUGGGGUACAGCUGUGCCAAGCGCAUCCUCUACAUCCAGGAGGGAGAUGCCUGCACCAAAGCCUUCCUGGACUGCUGCACCUUCAUCCAGGCCAUCCUGGACAAGGCACAGAGAGAGACUCACCUGCUGCUGGCUCGAAGCGAGGAGGAGGAUAUCUUCCUGGAGGAUGAAGGCAUCACCUCCAGGACCCAAUUCCCUGAGAGUUGGCUGUGGCAGGUGGAGGAGCUGAAGGAGACACCCAACCGGACGGGGAUCUCCAAGAAGACUCUGUCUCUUUAUGUCCCUGACUCCAUCACCACAUGGGAGGUCCAAGCCAUCAGCAUCUCAUCUGGCAAGGGUCUCUGCGUGGCCUCCCCCUAUGAGAUCACAGUGGUGAAAGACUUCUUCAUCGACCUGCGCCUGCCCUACUCGGUGGUGAGGAACGAGCAGGUGGAGAUCCGAGCAGUGCUCUACAACUACCUGCAGGAGGACAUCCUGGUGCGAGUGGAGCUGCUGCACAACCCAGCCCUCUGCAGUGCCUCCACCUCCAAGGCUCGCUACCAGCAGGUCCUCAAGCUGAAGGCUCAGUCCUCCAGAGCUGUCCCCUUUGUCAUUGUCCCCCUCCUCCUGGGCCACCACGAUGUGGAGGUCAAAGCUGCUGUCAGGUACAGGUCCUUGUCUGAUGGGGUCAAGAAGAAGCUCAAAGUUGUGCCUGAGGGGAUAAGGAAGGUGAAGAAUGUGACCAUCGUGGAGCUGGACCCCAAGAACAAAGGCAUCAAUGGAGUCCAGAAUGUGACUGUGAAGGCUUUGGACCUCUGGGACAAGGUCCCUGACACUGAGUCUGAGACAAGAGUCCUCAUCCAAGGCAACCCUGUGUCCAACCUGGUGGAGAAAGCCAUCGAUGGCAGCAAGCUGAGGGAACUCAUAGUGACCCCAACAGGCUGUGGGGAGCAGAACAUGUUCUGGAUGACCCCAACUGUCAUUGCCACUCACUACCUGGACAGCACCUCCCAGUGGGAGGCCAUGGGCCUGGACCGCAGGGCUGAGGCCAUCAACCUCAUCAGGAAGGGUUACACUCAACAAUUGGCCUACAGGAAGCCUGAGAGCUCCUUUGCUAUCUACCCCCACUGUAAAUCAAGCACUUGGCUGACAGCCUACGUGGCCAAAGUCUUCUCCAUGGCCAUCAAUUUGAUUGACAUUGAGCCUGAGGUGAUCUGUGGAGCUGUCAAGUGGCUGAUCCUGGAGAAGCAGAACCCAGAUGGGAUCUUCAAAGAGGAUGCUCCAGUGCUGACCAAGGCCAUGACGGGUGGCUACCAGGGGGCAGAGCCUGAGGUGUCCCUCACAGCCUUCGUCCUGGUGGCACUGCUGGAGUCCAAAGAGAUCUGCAGGGACUACAUCAGUACCUUGGACACAGCCAUUGACAGAGCUGCUGAGUACCUCAGCAAGAAGUACCAGGGCCUGGCCAGACCUUACACCGUGGCCUUGACCUCCUAUGCCCUGGCACUGGCUGGCAAACUCCACAGUGAGAAGGUCCUCAUGAAGCACUCCAAAGGUGGGCAGAGGUGGGAGGAUUACAAUGCCCGCACCUACAACGUCGAGGGCACCUCCUAUGCCCUGCUGGCACUGCUGCAGAUGCAGAAGUUGGAGCUGACAGGACCUGUGGCUCGUUGGUUGGCACAGCAGAAUCACUAUGAUGGCACCUAUGGAUCCACACAGGCCACCAUCCUGGUGUUCCAAGCCCUGGCACAGCACCAGCUGCUGGCACCGCCGCAGCAGCAGGAGCUGAGCCUGGAUGUGUCCCUGCUGCUGCCCGAGAGGUCCAAACCUGACAUCUACCGCAUCGAGAACCGCAACGCGCUGCUGGCUCGCUCCGCGGAGACCAAGGUGAACAAAGACUUCACAGUCCAGGUGGAGGGGACAGGCAAGGGGACAAUGACAGUGGUGACAAUCUACAAUGCCCAGGUCCCUGAGAAGGAGGACAAAUGUGACAGCUUCAACCUGACUGUCCAGGUGGAGAAGAUCACCACAAGCAAGGACCAAGGAGCCUUCAGCUCGGUCAUGAUCACCACCUGUGUCAGGCACCUGGACACUGUUGAUGCCACCAUGGCCAUCAUCGACGUCUCCAUGCUGACAGGCUUCGUCCCUGAGAUACAGAGCCUCAACAGGCUGACAGAUGGGGUGGACAAAUAUGCCUCCAAGUAUGAGCUCAACAACAACCAAACAGAGCGCAGCAACCUCAUCAUCUACCUGGACAAGGUGUCUCACCAGGCCGAGGAGUGUUUGUCCUUCAGGGCUCAUCAGCACUUCCAGGUGGGCUGGAUCCAGCCCGCGGCAGUCUCUGUCUACAGCUACUACAGGAUCGACGAUCGCUGCACCAGGUUCUACCACCCAGACAAGCAGGGGGGGAAGCUGAGCAGGAUCUGCCAGGGAGACGUCUGCCGCUGCGCAGAAGAGAGCUGCUACAAGAGGCAUGAGAAGGAAGAGUCCAUCACAGCCAACGAACGUCUGCAGAGAGCCUGCGAGCCAGGGGUGGACUAUGUGUACAAGGUGAAGUUGGUGGCCCAGGAGGAGGCUCCAUCCCAUGAUAACUACAUCAUGAACAUCCUGAGUGUCAUCAAGAUGGGCACGGAUGAGAACCCAGCAGGCAAGAACAGGACCUUCGUGAGCCACCAGCAGUGCCGAGAGGCUCUGAGCCUGCGCCCGGGGCAGGAUUACCUCCUCUGGGGGCUCUCCAGCGACCUCUGGGCCACCGGCAAGAGCUUCAGCUACUUCAUCAGCAAGGACACCUGGAUGGAGCUUUGGCCCUCGGAGGUCUCCUGCCAGGCCCCGGAGCUGCAGGACCUGUGCCAGAGCUUCCUGGAGUUCGAGGAGCAGAUGAGGAUGUUUGGCUGCCAGACCUGA